GAUAUCUAAAUAGAGAGGCUGCUAAGUGCGCUGACACCGACAGUGAAAAGAAAGCAUUGCGCGGGGAACAAGGACUCUACAAAACGAACAACAUACGGAACCGUCCAGACGCAUUCAAUCUUGACGAGGAACCCGUAACAUAUACACGCUGAUCCGUCAGCUGGAGGUUUUCCUUUCCGUCCACUCCUGGGAACAUGGAAUAUCUGUACAUAAAGUACAUAAAUCAUCUGAGAGACUGCUUCAUAUAAACAUCAUACACACAGGUCAGAGACAUGUCUGAAGUGAAUCUAGGAAACCUGGAGGUCCUCCAGGAAUCGUCUCUUCUGAAGUCAUGUGACCAGGCUCUCCCCUGCUGCCCCUCUCCUUUGCCAUGUGCACCCUCCUGCUGCAUCGAGACGGAGGGGGAAGGCAGUGACCAUGACAACGGAAAGCAGGAACAGCAGAAACAGGCAGGUAACAAGGGGCAACCCAAGAGAAAGCCAAAGGCCAAAGGAAGACUAGUGAGGAGUAUGGCUGUGUGGGAAGAGUCCUCACCUUCAGAUGCUAUGCAGGAGAGCCAGGGUUCGUCUGACAUGAACAUCCUGUCUGGUUACCAUGACGAUGAGGAUGUUUCCUGUAGAGGAGACGAACAGGAGAAAGACAAAGAAUCAAAGAGGCCACCGCUCUCCAAAGAGUCUAGUCUGGAGUACAGAGACUCCACAGGUAUAGACCUGGAUCAGUUCAUCACGGACACUCUCAACAGCAACCCCAGGGACAAGAUGAUGCUAUUAAAACUGGAACAGGACAUGAUCGACUACAUCACCAGCAAAAAUCCCUUCAAGAAGUUUCCUCACAUGUCCUCCUAUCACCGCAUGCUGGUCCACCGCGUGGCCGCCUACUUUGGCAUGGAACACAACGUGGACCAGACAGGCAAGGCUGUCAUCAUCAACAAGACCGGCAACACGCGCAUACCUGAGCAGAGGUUUAUAGAGAUGGUUCAGGAGGAGAAAGGAGAGGAGAUCCAGUGGAGAGUAAUACUGAAGAGAGACAACAGCUCAGAAGACCAGGCCAGACUCCACCCCUUACACGAUGAGAGGCGGAGCAAGUCCAUGGAGGAGAGAGAGGAAGAGUACCAGAGAGCACGAGACAGAAUCUUCAACCAGGAGCCUGUGUGUACCCAGGAGGAUGUUCAUACGGAGACGAGGGUUGUUGAAGAGUUGAACCCUUAUUCUGAGACCCAGAGGAGGAGACAGCUGUUUAGGGGGAGCAGAGACGGUUCCGGGUCCGGUUGGACCGGGAGCAGCAGGCAGAGCAGCACAGAGGCGGACUGUCGCUAUAGCAACGACCCCCGACCCUGGAGCAGCACCGACUCGGACUCGUCCUACCAGUGGCCGAGCCCCGCCCCCAAUCACCGCUCAGUCAUCAGUCACAGCCGGGACAACCGAGGGUCUAUAUCACUCUACAGACUUCCUUCCUCUCACCCCCGCCCCUCCUCCCCUCUCAUCCCAGAAGAGCAAGUGCCUUCAAACAACUCCACCUUCAUCCUGGAGAACGGAAUUCCACCAGGAAGUAUUCUCAUGAACCCGCAGACAGGACAGCCCUUUUUAAACCCUGAUGGGACUCCUGCUGUGUACAACCCUCCUGACAACCAGCAACCAACCAGGAGCCAGACUCAGCUGUCAGGACCGCCCCCUCCACAGCAGCAGCCAAUGGCUACUCACGCCAUCCCACAGGUGGUUCAGUAUUCGUCUUAUCCCCCUCCCCAGCAGAUGUUGCCUGUCUCUCCUCUUCAACACUACUCUGGGGCUGAAGAACUGACGCCCCAGUUCGGACACAUGACACUGAGCUGUCAAUCAUCCGGGGAUGCCCCGCCCCUCUACCCUCCUCCACAGAGCUACGUCUACGCUGCCCCGCCUCCUUCUGUCCCCGCCAACCCCCCCAGCUACUGCCAGCCCCCACCGCCGUUGCCUGUGUAUUACUACUCUGGACAGUACCCUGCCUCGGGCCCCCAGCCAUGCAGACCCGUCACACCCUCCCAACACAGUCAAGCCACACAGCAGACAGGUUACACUCCUGUCCUGUCCAAUCAGCAGCAGGGAUACCAGGGCAUGAUGGGGGUGAAGCCAUCCCAGAGUCAAUUGCAAAGCAUGCUGGGUACCUACCCGCCAAUUAGCGCCCACCCUUACGGUGUCGUACAGGGAGGUGUAGCAGUGUCGUACCCCCAGGGUGGCGUCGUGUCUGGGGUUGGGGGGGACGGAGGUUUCUGCUGCAUGGUGUCCACCCCCUGUGCCCCGCAGGCCAUGGCCCCCCCCCUGAGCGGCCACCCUGUCAGCUGUGCCAACCUCAGCUCCCAGUGCUGGCCGAGCAAAUACUGACGCAAUGAUCAGUGUGAAUGACCUCAUUUUAUACUCCCUCAACGACAGUUCAUCAACGUUCGUCACUGCACCUUGUCCCCUCUCACCCCCCCCCCCCCCCCCCCACCACCCUGCACAUUGUAUUGUAUGUUGCCUAUAAUAUCCCACACACAGAGGAUAGCACACACCUUGUUACUGUACCAAAGCUAUAUUUGAGAGCUCCUGUAUUGAAAGCAUAAUUUAUAUACACUUUUUGAGUUUUGUAUGGAUUCCAAAGAAAAUAUUCUGUAUUGAAAUGAAAUGUGUGAGAAAACAAAUUAAUAAAGUAUUGUGACUGGAUUGUCAGG